AUGGUGAUGUGGAAGAAGGGCAAACCUCAUAAUCUUGGACGCACAAACAUUAUUUACUGGCCCACUCAGAUCCUCAUGCUUGGAAGUGCGGCUGCUCUGGCUGCAAGAGCCGCUGUCCUCAAGAGUGAUGGCAACAGCUAUGCCCCUUCCACCAUGUUCAGCACCAUCACCAUGAUGCUCGCCUGGUUGUCCGCUAUCGGAUUGAACCACUUUCAGCACCAGCAGGACAUCCGAUCCAACAACCAGAUCGCCGCCCUCUACUUCUUCACCCUUAUCGCCUCCGCUAUCAACAUCCGCACCAUGACACUUCUCGACCAGACCAACCAGGACCAGUUCAAGGCCUUCAUCGCCUUCUUUGCCAUCAACAUCCUCGGACUCAUCUUUGAAGCGUGGCCUCGUGGCCGCACUCAAGUCCAGAAGAACAGCUCUGUCGGUCGUUACGCCAAGGCCAACCUCUUCUCUCGCUUGACCUUCCACUACCUCCAACCCAUCAUCACUGCAGGAUUCAAGAACCCUCUUGCUGCAAAGGACAUUGAGGGCAUGGUCCCCGAUCGCAUUAAGACCCAGUACAGUCACGACUUGCUCAACAACAACUGGCAGGCCAAGGUCGCCAAGGCUAAGGCCAAGGGCGAGAAGCCCAGUCUGUUCACGACGGUUAUUGGCACUUAUGGUUGGUCUUGGGCACCCAUCAUGGUGUUCCGUAUCGGCGCCUCGACUCUUACCUACGUCCAGCCCCAGCUCUUGAAUGAGCUUUUGGGGUUCAUCCGAUCGUACCAGACACCCAACCCUGAACCCGUCGCGCUUGGAAUCAUCUUGGCGUUCGGCAUGUUCUUUGCUUCGCUCCUCAACUCGUUCUUCAUGGCCCAGUACUUCCAGAACUCCAUGAACGUCGGUAUCGAGGCCCGUACAGCCCUCAUCGCCAUGAUCUACCGCAAGUCGCUCAAGCUCACCAGUGCUGCUAAGCAAAAGUCGACUGCCGGAGAAAUCAACAACCACAUGUCUGUCGAUGCUGAGCGUUGGCCCGAUGCCAUUACCUUCAUGCCUAUGCUCAUUUCCAUCCCCUAUGAGAUUGCCAUUGCUAUCUGGAUGUUGUACCGUCAGAUCUCCUGGUCUGUCUUUGUUGGUCUGGGAACAAUUGUUGUCCUCCUCCCUGUCCAGGGUAUCAUUGCCAAGUUCUUCAUGAAGGCCAAGUCUGCAAAACUUGAGGCCAUGGAUCAGCGUAUUCGUCUCAUGAACGAAGUCAUUUCAGGAGUCAAGAUCGUCAAGCUGUAUGGUUGGGAGGACUCGUUCAUGGAGCGCAUCCGCGUUUACCGUAAUCGCGAGGUCAAGACUCUCCGCAAGAUCGGUAUCGUCUUCUCGUUCCUCUCAAUCAUGUUCCAGUCAGUUCCCAUGUUGGUCGCCUUGGUCUCGUUUGCUGUCUUUGCUACCCACGGAGGACCCAACUACGGUCCCGGUGAUAUCAACCCCCAGCGCGUCUUUGUUUCAAUCUCGCUCUUCAACUUGUUGAGCAGCCCUAUCGGCAUGCUGAGUCACAUCAUUGCCGAGGUCAUCGGUGUCACUGUCGCCACCAGACGUAUGCAGGCCUUCUUGUUGGCCCCCGAGAUUUCGGAGGAGACCACUGAAUCUGUCAAGACCUUGCCCGAGGACCCCUCCGUCCCCUUGGUCGAGAUCAAGGACGGCAUUUUUGCAUGGGAGACUGAAGGACCCGAGGUCGAGACGGAGAAGGAGAAGAAUGCUCGUGAGAAAGCUGAAGCGAAAAAGUACAAGCAGUUGGAAAAAGAGGCCAAGAAGGCUGGCAAGCCCGCUCCUGAGAAGGAGGUUCCCGUCGAGAAGAACUAUGGACCCACCCUGACUGAUAUCAACCUGACUAUUCCUCGUGGGAACUUAACUGCUGUUGUUGGACGCGUUGGACAGGGCAAGACUUCGCUGUUGAACGCCAUCAUUGGAGAUAUGUACAGACGCCAGGGAUCCGUCAAGAUCUACGGCCGCAUGGCUUAUGUUGCUCAGCAAGCGUGGAUCGUUAACGCCACUGUCAAGGAUAACAUUGUGUUUGGUAACGAAUUCAACCAGGAGCGCUACGACCACAUUUUGAUGGCUUCUGGACUCUUGCCCGAUAUUGCAAUGCUCCCUGCUGGAGACCAGACUGAGAUCGGAGAACGUGGAAUCAACCUGUCGGGAGGUCAGAAGCAGCGUGUCUCCCUUGCCCGUGCAGCCUACGAGAACGCCGAUGUCUACUUGUUUGACGACCCCCUCUCUGCCGUCGAUGCCCACGUCGACCAGCACCUCUGGCAACACUUGAUUGGGCCUAAUGGAUUGCUCAAGGAUAAGACCCGUGUCUUGGUUACCCAUGCCAUUCACCAUUUGGAGCAGGUCGACCAGAUCGUUCUUCUCAAGGACGGCAAGAUCAGCGAGACGGGUCAGUACGAUGCUCUUAUGGUUGCUCAGGAUUCUUUCUACCAGCUGAUUACGGAUUACUCGGUCAACCAGGGCAAGAAGCGCAAGGAGAAGAAGUCAGGUGAGGAUGCUUCUGGCACGAGCCAAGAGGAUGAUGGGGAUGACUCGACUCAGGACGGUGACGAGAAGGAUCCCAAGGUUGCUGGCACAGCCGGUAACAAGGAUGACAAGUUGGUUUCUGAGGAAAAGAUGGUCCAGGGCAGUGUUUCCUGGGGCGUCUACAACAUCUAUGCCAAGGCCGCCUCGUACCGCUGGUCUGCGAUUGUCGCUGUUGUUUUCGUGUUCGGUCAAGCUUCCCAGAUCGGAACCAACAUCUGGUUGAACCACUGGUCGUCCGAGUCCACUGAGGCCUUAGCGACAGGUACAGAGACCCACCCCAUCGGAUAUUACCUUGGAAUCUAUGGUGCCAUCAUCUUCUGCAGCAUGAUCAUGAACGUCGUCUCGGUCUAUGUCGCCAUGGUCCUUGCCGCCGUCCGUGCCUCGACCCGCCUUCACGACAGCCUCUUGGCCAAGAUGCUUCGUCUGCCUAUGGCUUUCUUCGACACCACCCCUCUUGGCCGCAUUGUCAACCGAUUCUCGAGCGAUGUUUUCAGCAUUGACGAGCUCUUGCCCUGGAGUUUUAUCCAGGUUUUCAUGACCGGAACCACGGUACUUGGAACAGUCGUCGUCAUUGCCACCACCACCCCGAUCUUCUUGGUCAUGGUCCCUCCUCUGGUUGUACUGUACUUGAUCAUCCAGGCCUACUACAUCCGCUCCUCCCGCGCCUUGAAGCGUAUCGACUCUGUAUCCAAGUCCCCCAUCUACCAGCACUUCAGCGAGACCCUCUCUGGAGUGACGACCAUCCGUGCCCUCGGUGCCAACCAACGCUUCAUUGCCGACAAUGCGGCCAAAGCCGAUGUUGCUGCCAAUGCUUACUAUUCCUGGGUUGUCUCCAACCGUUGGUUGCAGAUCCGCCUUGAGAGUUUGGGAGCCAUUAUUGUCUUGGCUGCUGCUCUCUUUGUUGUUCUUAGCCGUGACUCUUUGACCUCUGGAAACGUCGGUCUUGCUUUGUCUUAUGCUCUCUCUGUCACCCAGAGUAUCACUUGGAUGGUCCGCUCCACCUGCGAUCUCCAAAACCAAUUGGUCGCUGUGGAGCGUAUUGAAGAGUAUGCCAAGAAGAACCCUGAGGCACCCACCGAGACGGACGUUGCUCUGCCCGAGAACUGGCCCCAGGCCGGUCACGUCGAGUUCCGCAACUACUCGACCCGUUACCGCGAGGGACUCGACCUGGUCAUCAAGAACAUUUCCUUCGAAGUCCAACCUGCUGAGAAGGUCGGAAUCGUCGGUCGUACGGGUGCUGGAAAGUCAUCGUUGACAUUGGCCUUGUUCCGUAUCAUUGAAGCCGCCAACAGCCACUGGGCCAAAUCGAGCCAUAACGAAAAAGAUCUGGAUACGGACCCUACCAAGGAGGAUGACAUUGUUGACCUCGAGAAGAUUAAUGUCGAGGAGGAUGGUGGAUCAAUCUGGAUUGAUGGUGUCGAUAUCUCGACGGUUGGAUUGAAGUACCUUCGUCAACACUUGGCGAUCAUCCCUCAGGACCCUACGCUGUUCGUCGGCACUGUCCGCGAAAAUUUGGAUCCCUUUGAAGAGCUCGAGGAUGCCGAAUUAUGGGAGGCUCUGGAGCGUGCACAUUUGAAGGAGCAUAUCUCAACGCUUGCUGGCGGACUGUCGUUCAAGGUCUCGCAGAACGGUGACAACUUCUCGGUUGGCCAACGAUCCCUCAUCUGUCUCGCCCGCGCUCUCCUCCGCAAGACCAAGGUUCUCAUUCUUGACGAAGCCACAGCCGCUGUGGAUGUCGAGACCGACGAAUUGAUCCAAAAGACGAUCCGCAAGGAGUUCAAGGACCGUACGAUUCUCACCAUCGCUCAUCGUAUCAAGACCGUCAUGGACUCUGACAAGAUCCUGGUCCUGGAGAAGGGUCGCGUCGAGGAGUACGAGUCCCCCCAGACCUUGCUCCAACGCCCUGACUCACUCUUCUACAGCCUUGCCCAGCAGGCCGGUGAGAUCAAGGACUCUGACGAGUAA